AUGGCAUCGAUAUCACUGCGCCCGCCUACUUUCUCACCGGCAAAAGCACCAGCCGACUUCCAGCUCCCGUCUAUCUCGUGGCUGACAGAAACAUGGCACGUAACCCAUUCGACACUACCAAUGUGGAAGAGCAAGCGCAACGUUCGGAUUCAAUACACCCCUCUCGAGCCAUCUUCGCCGUCAGUCCCGAAAGAUCAGACCGAUCGCAUAGAUGAUCUGGUCUCGUACCAAAGCCUCGACGGCGACAAGGUGUCUACGGUCAAAGGACUGGACAAAGCCGCUAGCAAUAGCAGGGGAGAAUGGGAUUGGAGAGGCAAGGGCUGGCUCAAGAUAGCUGGAUCGCACUGGGAGGUGCUGGGUUGGGGAGAAGAGCAGGAGACGGGCAAUAAGUGGGUGGUGACAAUGUUCGCGAAGACGCUGUUCACGCCUGCUGGAAUCGAUGUCUACUCGAGGGAUGGGAAGGGAGUCCAAGAUGAUACGUUGGGGCAAAUCAAGUCUGCGCUGAGCAGUAUACAAGACGACGAAAUCCAGAAGAUGGCCAGCACUUUAUUCGAGAUCAAGAGAGAUGAUUCGAGGAAAGAUUGA